CCGACACCCACCAGGUCUCGUACUCACCAGAGGGAGAGAAUCCGAGCUGAGGAGACAAGCCGACAAGAGGCUGAUGCAAAAAGUGAAACAUGCAACGAUGUGAACCCGGAGGGAAGCAACGUUCCUGCAACUCGAGAGCUGCCAAUGUGCUGGAGAUGGUGCGAGUAUACAACUGUCACCCGUUUGCUGCCCAGCUGAUCGUUCCCGUUCAACACGAACCCGACACUUUCUGCUGCGGGCGGGACACCCUCUUCGUUGUCUCUGCUGGAUGCAAGAUCGAAGCGUUUAACAUUACGGAGAGUGGCUGUCAGCCGAUCUGCACUUGCGUUACCCUUGGGAAAGUCCGGAAAAUUACCUUCAGCGGAAUAGGAGACUACCUUGCCACAAUUGAAGAGAAGAGUAAGGUCCUCUCGCUCCGUGUCUACUUGAAUUGGAGGGGAUACCAAGCACGGGGCAAGUCCCGAGUUGGUAUCCGAAUGGUGGGACAUGUGUUGCAGGCUCCAUUUAAAGGGGCACCCAAAGAUCAGAUGGAAAUUGUGGAGGUGCCGCUGUCGGACCCCCCGCUCUCCGUUUCUUGUUGCCCGGUGAAGGGCGACCUGGUGGUCGGGUGCCAUAACAAGGUGGUGUUCUUCCGCUUGAAGGAGGAGAUGCUGGACGGCGAGAGCCCUGUGCUAGAUUUUGAGCGUUUCUUGAUCGUGCAUGUCAGUCUGAGCCUGCUGGAAGUCGCUUUUUGCGAUGGCUGUUUAGCCCUGACAGCGGACCUGGAAGUGCUGGUGCUAAAACUGGACAGUGUCCAACAAGUGGAGAGGAAAAGCCAGCAACAGACCGUUCAGGAAGAAGCGCCAAUCGACGAGGGCAUUGACAAAGAGGACAACAACCCUGCAGAAGCAGCAUCUCUGAGCCAAGGACAGGAUGAAUUUGUCCUCUUUCAAAGCCCUUUGGAAUUGCUUGGUGAAGACUCCAGGGGAUCAGGAGUGUUGAUCAGUUUGGAGUGGACAGGCAUGGAGGGUUUGACAACUGAUCUGCGGAAUAAUCUAUACCUACAACCAAUUCUGUACAGGCGUUUUGCUCCAGAUCUAUCCCACAUUUACUCUGUUGAAGAGACCGCUCUACAUUCACUUCAGUUACUCCCAAUGUACUCGACAGGAGAUCUAGAAUCAGACGCUGGCUCUGGAAGGAAGGAGAAGCAGCUGCUCAGCCUCUUCUGUUUCUUUUCGUUGCCGCAUGUGGGCUACCUGUAUGCUGUUGGCAACAUGGUGCAGCAACUGUCCACCUAUAGUUACCCAGAAAAGGCCAAGCAAGCAGUAAUCAGCCCUCAGUUCCUGCACGUCAUUACCAGGAAUAACUUGCUAUGUUACACAGUCAGGUGCAGUGCAGUAGCUGCUCGAGAUAAGGAUCCAGAGAUGGACACCAACAAUAAGGCCUGUCCACCGUUUUUCAUGCCAGUGAGUGCCUUGCGUAUGCAGCUCUUUAUCGGACUAAGAGCGGUGUGUCAUUCCAGAAACCACUUGAUUCUGCUGGCCAAGACAGAAUGCCAUGUCCCAGAUAGACAAAUCGAGCCAAAGAAAGGAUCGCCUCAAAAGUUCAAGGCUACUAAUAAAAUGCCAUCAGUUACGAGUGAACCGGGGUGGAAUUUGUAUUGCCUUCAGAUGGUUCCAACAGUUCUGUUGUGCAGGGAGAUGGUUGACUAUAGCAAGAGGUACAAGGCCUGCAGUCCACAGAGUUAUGUUCACCUGCUGAGUGAAGCCCACCUGAUGUUGCAAGCAGCUCUCCUGGACCCUGAUCUGUGCAACCAGACUGACAGUGAAGAAUUAGUGCCUGCUUUCAAAGAGAAUUGCGCCCAGCUGGGGGACUGUUACAGCCAGUUUGAGAUGGAUGAUUUUCACCUCGCUCUCCCCUAUUAUAAGAUGUCAGGCUUGUCACUGAAUGACCUAAUCAGCAGAAGGCUUUUAUGGGAAAAUGAACCCCAAAAGUUUGGAAAAGGAUUUAUGUACUACUUGAAGCAUUCUAUCUAUGAGGACAUUGAAGAGCCACUGAAUGAAGAAACGGCGAACCAGGUGUUACAUGUAUUCAAGCUGGCUGAACCAACCCAAAUUCCUCAUGCCUUGUGCAGCCCGUGUAUGAGAAAUGUGUGCCUAAGGACUGCAUGGGACCAUUUGGAGAGGUUGUCUGCAAUCAGCCCGUCACCCCUGGUGAUGCUGACCAAAGCAACAGUGGCACUGAGACUCGAAGACCUGCAAAAGUACCAGAUGGCCAUGGAGCGAUACACAGAGACGAGGUUGGUUUGUGGUUUUGUGGCGGAACCGAAUCUCUUGCGACAUCAUGGCUUUGUGGCAACGGAACUAUCUUGUGAGCUGAAGAGGACUCAGCCGGGCCUCCUGGUAGCUGUCUUUGUAGCUUUGCUGGAAAGUAACAAAAUUGAUCUGAAAGAGGCUGAAUUGUUCUUUAAGGCUCUCUGUGCAAAAGGUGAUGAAGCAAAUGAAGAGGAGACUCCGCAGCUUCUGGUUGAUUUCUGGGAAGCCAUGUUGAUAGUCUGCACUCAGGAAGUGAUGGUUCAGGUACUGCUCAUGAAGCUGGUGUCGGUGUACAUCCAGAGAACAGCCCGAAAACAACAGCCUGAUAAGCGACCACUCAAAACAGUCGAGGAGCUGAUAAAUUCAUGUGGUCACUUUGGUAGAAUUUUCUCAUGGAUCCACACCAUUAAUGCAGCUGGUUCCCAUUCACAAGAUACUUUGGGGGAUCUUCAAAAGUUACAGUCCAUUUUGUGCGGUUCUUCAAUCGACGUGAAAUCUGUUCUUCCUCUUCUACAUCAACUCCCUGAAGAUGAGGCUCCUGGCCUAAGUAUCCAUGUGCUGUGUUCUGUAAGGCUGGGUGAAUGUGAGCGUGUAACUGACCAACUCCUUGACCGAUGUCCUGAGGCUGUCCUACCAUUUGCCAAUUGUGAGAUGCAGCAGGAGAAACAGUCCCUGUGGUGGAAAAAACUCUUGCCUGAACUUUGUAAGAGGACAAAAGGAGCUGGAAGAGAAAAUGGAAUCUUGGUUUCUUCACUGAAAGAAACCUUGGCAAUGGUGGCCACCGCACUACAGCCUGUGGAUUUUCUAAGUAUCUUGCCAGAUGAUGGUGUCGCUUCAUUUUUCCUACCCCAUCUCCUGGAAUGCAGCAGGAAGAAUUCAAUAACCUGAUUCAGGGUGGUUAGGAGCAAUGCUGCACCGGGGAUGAGGCGUUCAAGCUUUCCGGGAGCCCUGAACAACAUGAGUCAGCUCUUAUUGUGGUCCAGAAUGGAAUAACUUGCUGUGUGUCCACCUUAAUUCUGGUGCGGAAUAGAACUGCAAAGAUCAACCCAACUCUAACCUCCACUGGCAAAGUAAAAAGCCCACUGGAAACCUGGUCGAUUUUAGGUGUUGCGGUGCCACUGCAUAAGAACACAGGAGUAGAAAUUCAUGCCGAAUGACAAAAGUUUACUCACGGACAGUUAACACACGCUCUUACCACACUCCUGGCUGCUAUUCCUAUGCAGGCGUUACUAAAUGCACAAGAACUGCACCCCAGCGUCUAGUACAUGCAGUUUAAGGUUCAUGAACUUCACUGGAAUUUUCUACCUUUUGAUCUAUUGAUAUGCAAAGUAUCAGAAUGGUUAGCAUAUCUAUUUCAACCUGGAAAUUUUUUUCAGUCUAGCUAGCUCAUUUUUCCACAUUCCCCUCUUCAAAACGAUCUCCAUGCCAAAUACCAUAUAUAGACUGAGAGGAUAGAUGCAUGACUGAGAC